CGCACCGCUAACGGCAGCAGUAGUGUAGACCGGUCGUUGUCGUUGUCGUUGUCGUUCUUGUUCUUGCAGCAGUAUUAGUGUCGAACGUGACUGAGUGCGCGUGUGUUGUCUUCGUGUCUGUCCGUCGUCAAAUAACGAAAAACGAAACUCACAAAUAUUGUCAUUAUUCGUUCGUAUUAUUUUAUUAUUGCCGUGGUCGCUGUAAUUUUGUCGCGCGGAGACCGAGCCGGUCGGGCCCCGGGAGCAUAAUUCGAUCGAUAACGCCGUUUCGAGUUCCCCAACAGUGCAGUGGCUGCCAUGCGUUUAACGUCGUUGUGCGAUUUAUAGUGUCGGUGGUGGAAGCUCAUCCCCUCUCACAACUAAAAUUUUAAUUAUUAAUUAUUGUAUAUAGUCGACGACGAAUUGUUUAGUACUGACGAAGAACCAUUUCGUUGUUCCGUUGCCAUUUAUUACCAUUUUUUGUUUCGCGCGAAACGCAGUAGCAACCGGACAUCCGGAAGCUGAAAUGACCCGCAGCUUUUGGUCGCUCGCUGUCGUCCUGUGCUUGGCGCAGGCGGCCACCGCUAGCGCGCCUUCUUCGUGUUACCGGACGUCCAACUACUUCCGGACGCAUUUCAACGACACUAGCUACGUAUUGGAACAACCAGCUAUCUCAAGCGCUUACUUACAAGUGUGUGGGAAAUCGCAAGAGACAUGUUGUCACGAAAACUCCGAACCACAACUGGUGACUGUUGGCAGAAAUAUGUACGACGACAAACUGCAGACUUCGUUAAAAACCCUAAGCGGCAUGUACAAAGAGAAAGCUGCGAAAUUCGAUGAGUACUUCAAGGAUAUGCUGAACAAGGCCAGAAUGGGUUUCCACGACAUGUUCAAAAAGACGUACGGAAUGAUGUACGAACAGAACUCGUACCUGUUCCAGGAUCUGUUCCGGGACCUGGAAAAGUAUUACGACGCUGGCAACACGAACAUCGUCGAGGUGUUGGAAAACUUCUUCUCCGUGCUUUGCCAGAAAAUGUUCACUGUCAUGAACAGCCAGUUUACGUUCGACGCAAAGUAUUUGGUGUGCGUCAGCGAGAGCAUGUCGGAAGUAGCGCCCUUUGGCGACGUGCCCGACAAACUUUCGGCGCCGCUGAAAAGGUCAUUUGUCGCUUCCAGAACGUACGUCCAGGCACUGAAAAUAGCCGGUGACAUUUUGGCCAACAUCAACAAGAUGGCGCCUACCCAAGAAUGUUUGGUCGGUUUUUCCAGAAUGACUCAAUGCCCGGCUUGCAAAGGAUUGCAGGACAGCAAAGCUUGUAACGGAUAUUGUCUGAACGUCAUGAAGGGAUGUCUGGCGUACCACUCGCAACUCGAUCAAGACUGGAACGCGUUUUUGGAUAUCAUGGAGAAGGUGAAAAAGCGUCUGCUAGGGCCGUUCAACAUCGAACUGGUCGUUAUACCGAUCAAUGUGAAGAUAUCCGAAGGAAUAAUGAACUUCCAAGAGAAUUCUCAGAAGGUUUCGCAAAAAGGUAUAAUGAUGGUGUUCGCCAACUGCGGUAAACCGACGUUGGGUCCGUCGCGUAGGCGCCGUCGCCGCGACGUGUUGUACAACGGCGACGACUACUACGACUACCAACAAGGACGGGUGAUGAACGACGGUAAGAACAAGGACGCCGGUAAGGCCGACGAGGACGGCGAGGACGAUGAUGACGAUGAGGACGACGAAGACGACGAAUACGACGACGUGAAGCCGGCGGUGCCGCCUCAGGCCAGAAACGAGAAAAAAGAAAACGUCCCGGAAGAGGGCGGAGAACGGAAGAAGCAGCAACAGCAGCCGCAGAGGAAGAACAAAAACAACAACGGACCGAAGAACGGUGCCGGCGGUGGAGGAAACAAGAACAGGAAAAAGAACAACAAGAACAACGGUCUCGAAGACGAGGAAGAAGACCAAGGAGGUCCUGCGUUCGCGUUCCACAGGCUGCUCAAGGACAUCGGCACCCACGUGUCUUCCACGAAAAACUUCUGGAAGAGGUUGCCGUACGAGGUGUGCAACAACGAUGUGGCCGUGAUCGAGACUGUUCAGAACUCCAGUUGCUGGAACGGAUCUGCAUUGGCCAGUUAUGGCAAGGAGGUGAUGCGGGACGGCCUCAAAAACCAGAAGAGGAAUCCCGAGGUGCCGGUGGACGUAAGCCGACCGAGCAGCCUGCUCAACGAACAGGUGUACGCGCUCAGAGCAGCUAUCAACCUUCUGAAGAAUGCGUAUCAAGGGCUGGACGUGGAGUGGGAUGAAGAGGUGUUCCAUGGCGGCAGUCGAGUGGGCGCCGGAGCGAUAGCGUCGUCAGGCGACGGUUCCGGUGACGAGGAUUCAGACUCCGGCGGGCGUGGCUACAUGUCUUCCAACGUCUCCUCCACCGCCCACCACCAGUGGGGCGAAACGGGCGCGGCCACGACGGCCAUCAACGCGGCCGGUACGCCGACGCCCUCGCCGACGCGAACGGCCACAGACCCGUCCGACGUAGGCGCGGAUUCGGGAUCGAGCGCCGGGCCACCAAGGUCAAAACCGACGCUCCAAAAGGCGCUGGCCACGUACCUUUUGCCGGUGGUCGCCGUCUGGUUCGGCGGCUCGUUCCUCGAGGUGGAUUCUGUGAGCGGGCAAACUGAUAUUUUCCUUCGCGGUUUUUUCUAAAUUUUAUUAUUUCCCAAUUUUAUUAUUAUUUAACUCUUGUCGUUUUCGGACGGGUGCCAUAAAUGAAGAAGAAAAAAACAACAACAAAAAAACGUUCAGCGCGUGUUGUUGGACUGUGAUAAAUUUUUUUCUUUUCGUGUACAAAUUUAUUCGUUAAGUUAGCGUAGUCGCGUGUAUAUAAUAUGGUGGCCCGGCGCGACUACCUCAUCCUUAGUCGUUAUCCUCGGACGAGCAGACGGGCCG